AUGGAAAGUUAUAAACUUUAUAGCAAAACUAUCGGUAUAUGGAUGUCAGACAAAAAAAGCCAAAAACUAAAUUGGAAAGAGUUAAUAAGUGCUUGUGGUUUACAUGGAUACAAUCUCAUAAAAUUGGAUUUGGAGAAACCUUUAGAAGAACAAGGAAGAAUAGAUGUUUUUCUCCACAAAUUAACUGACAUCAUUGCUGCAGCUGACCAAGGAGAUUCAAAGGCAUCAACCAUAAUUAAUCAAGUGGAACAGUAUUUGUCGAACCAUCCAAACAUUACAGUAAUUGAUCCAUUGGAUAACGUGAGAAUUCUUUUGAAUAGGUACUGUUACUACUCAAUUUUACAAGAUGAACCGUCAUUUCACAAGCAGGGAAUAUUUACACCAUCGUUUGCCGAGUUCACAACGAACAAUAUAGAAAUGAAUAUAGAGAUUAUGAGACACAGAGGGGUGAAAUUUCCAAUCAUUUGCAAGCCCACCAUUGCUCAUGGUUCUAAAUCCGCUCAUGAUAUGAUUGUAAUAUUUAAUGAAAAAGGGCUACACGUCUGUAAACCACCUUGUGUGGUCCAAACCUUUGUCAACCAUAAUGCAGUACUCCACAAAGUUUUCUUAAUAGGCGACAGGUAUCAUAUUAGUGAACGGCCGAGUCUCAAAAAUUUCUACGCGUCAGAAGAUUUAGAACCAAUCUUUUACAGUACAGGGGAGGUAUGCAAAGCUGAUAGUCAGUCCACGUUGUCCAUUCUUGACCCACAUGACAAGGCAGAUAUCACAAUGACAUUAAACGAAGACAAGAUUAGAACUGUUAUAAGAGCACUGAGAAAAAAAAUCCGAUUACUUUUGGCUGGCUUCGAUGUCGUCAUAGACAAUAUCACAGGUAGUCAUGCAGUCAUAGAUAUUAAUGUAUAUCCGGGUUAUGACAGUUUUCCUAAUUUCUUUGAACAUUUCUUGGAUUCCAUUGACGAAGUAGUAAGUCGCAAAGUUGACAAUGUAUACACUAAUGGAGAACAUAAUGGUGUCCAUGAUGAUAAUUGUGGUUAUAAAAUGAAUGGUUUGAUAAAUGUUGGACUGGAUCCUAUAAAAUACGGUGUAACCGGAAUGAAUAUUAACUGA